AUGUCGGAUAUCGAAUCCCUCCCCGAGUCUCCGGCGCCCGACCGCGAUGAUGAGCGCCGCGAGGAUGCCGCCAACGUCUCCGACGACGACUUGCUCUCAGAAAUCGACGAGGAUCAGUUCGAGGACUACGACCCAGAGACGGCAAAUAUUGAGGAUCGCCCAGUAGCUGUUGAUGAAGAUGUGGCCAAGACGCUCAAGGCGUCGAAGCGCAAGAUUGCCGAUGGCGCAAAAGCGAAGAAGCCUAAAGAAGGACGCCGAGAGAAGAGAUCACGCGAUGACGAAGUCUCUGGUGAUAUGGAUAUCGAUUCGAGAGGCCCGGCCAGAAAGUCGAGACGCCAGGCCGAUGCCGGCGAGAGGAAGCCACGGCCCAGCAAGCCUGCCGAGCCUGAGAUUGAUGACGAGUCCCAUCUCAGCCCCGAGGAGCGCAGACGGAGAGCGAUUGAUCGGGCGUUAGACGCGGCCAUGAAGGGACCGGCCAAGCGCAAGAAGAAGAAGGACGAGAUUGACCUCGAGGACGAAAUCGACGAGGAGAUUGCCGAUCUCAAGGUUGCCAUGGAGAAGGCUUGCGAAGCUGACAACACGGCGCGCGAGGCUGGCCAGCCAGCCGUUCACAAGCUGAAGCUCUUACCAUCAGUGACCGGUCUCCUGAACAGGAACAACAUCCAGCACGCCAUCCUCGAUCCCGAUACCAACUUCCUUCAGCACGUCAAGUUCUUCCUCGAACCUUUGAAUGACGGCAGUCUUCCGGCAUACAAUAUCCAGCGCGAUAUUUUCACUACUCUUAUCAGACUCCCCAUUGAGAAGGAGACUUUGCUGAGCAGUGGCAUCGGAAAGGUUGUCUACUUUUACACCCGAUCCAAGAGACCUGAACCCAGCAUCAAGCGCAUGGCCGAGCGUCUUCUGGGUGAUUGGAGCCGACCGAUCCUCAAGCGGACCGACGACUACAAGAAGCGCCACGUUGAGACGCGCGAGUUCGACUAUGAAGCUCUCAAGAUGUCCCAGCGCCAGGCUGGAAGUUCCCAGUUCACCCUCACGCAGCGCCCGUCCCAAUCCGCCAGAGAAUUGGAGCGCGAGGCCAUGCUCGCACCCGUCGCCACGUCGAACCGUGCCCGUCCCGGCGGUCUCCCCGACAGCUACACCAUCGCGCCCAAGAGCACCUACGAUGUCUCGCGGGCGCCCGAGCAUCGUCCCAUCGGUGCUGGUGGUCUAGAGGCGUUCCGAAAGAUGACUCAGAACCGCAAGAAGCGGUAA